AUGUUUCAAAAGAGCGGCUGCGAAGAAGGCCUUUGUGACGAGACAUUGCAAGAACUGAAGUUAAAAAGACCACAUUCGUUUUUUGUAAACUAUUUCACACGCAAAGUUUAUUAGUGAGCCUCGUUUCUGUGUACCUCGUUAGCUUCCAGGCACACUCGACUUUAUGUGGUGUUAAAUGCUAUGUGCUUCUUGAUCCCUAUUGUACAGUGUUCCUGACUAUUGUUUUCGACUUUCCGAUGAUCUUUCCUCAGAACAGCCAUCCAGAUACCAAAAGCAAGUCGCAAAACGUUUAAGAAGACAACGCAAUCCACUUUGACAAAAUUUACUGCUCCAAGGGGGUUUUGAAGUUCUCACAUAAGUAUCGAUUGCCACAAGUCAGGUCCAUUGAGAAUCGGCGAAAAGAUUGAUUUCAACUCCUCCUCCUGUGCAAACCGGAGAGUCACCUGCAAAGAAGCCCCGUUUGGCACACGGUUUUGGGCCAGAUCCGCAAACAAAAUAAACAUACAACUCGCUGUUAAAAAAGAAAGACUUGGAAAAGGUCUCGCAGACGCCUUCACAAUUCAAAAGAUCGAACACAAAGAUGUUGUUAAGCUCUUUAAAACACAGCUCAUCAAUCUCAAGAGAUUCGCCAAGUUUACUGACGUGAAGUUGUUGAUCACG